AUGCGUGCGCGAUCAAUGAAUUCACAACGAUCAUGUCAGCGGCGAAGCAAGAUGGCGGACAGUGAAGUGGACGAAGAUUCGGACUUUGAGCGACAAGGAAGCACUGAACAUGAAAGUCUGAGCACUGAAAGCAGUUAUGAUGGAAGUCCUUUAAGCCCUAGAAGCGACGAUUCAGACUGGAACUUUGGAGUGAGUGAAAGUGCCGGUUUUCAAAAUGGAUUUGACCCGGAGAAACAUCGCGAGGAGCUUAUUAAUGCCGAGAAAAAAGCUUCGAUUGUGGAUUGUCUUUUAUUUGAAAUUUACGACCAGUAUCAUAGCAGAGAUUCGGUGGAUAGUGAUAAUGUAACUGAAUGUUCAACAACCUCAGGGAGUUUUUACGGUGGCUCGUUCGACCUUGAAGAACGCGGGGAAAGCUGGACGAGAAACGAACUCCUAAGCAAAGGUAAGUUUCUGCACAAACUCAUUUGCUCGUUCGAAUACCAAAGAACUCGUGGUCGAAUACUUUGCUGUUAUUGUUCAGAAUAUCUGCAAGAUUUUGGCUGUAUUAGAUAGUGUAAAUUUGUAAAUUAUAAUGUCAAGCGAUCGUUUUAUUUUGCAAAAUGUAGACUCAGUUAUAUUGGAUUUUAACAACACAUGUAACGCGUGUCCGAUAUGAACACGGCUUGUAUGUAUGUGAAGUGGAGUGAAAUGUGCGCGGCGCAAAGAUUUUUUCUGUAAUAAAUGUAUCCCUUUAUCCUCUCUAGGACUAAUUACGCGGGAAUACUACGGGUUUCUCAGUUUUCACCGCUCUGUAGUCCCGUGUUUAAUAUAUCGUGUAUUCGCGAUGUUGCGUCUUGUUCGAUCGUUACUUAACGUACGUAACUCAACAAUUAUUUUUCUGUGGUAAGCAAAGAGCAGUUUUUCUACCGAAACGCGCAUAGUUACUCACCUUUAAUCAUGUAAAUCCCAGGUGAUAUUUUUUAAUUUCAUAGCUGAAAGUUAAUUGGUCGCUUGUUAUUAUCUCCAUUUUAUACAGAAACGGAUGAGCUGAGAGUUAUGGCGAAAGAGUUGCGGACGAGAAUUUCUAUGCUUUCAACAAAGUUGGUAAAACAGUUGAAAAGACGAGAUAAGCACGCUUACAAACUGCAAAGAAACUUUGAUGUUUUAACUGCUAUCCUCCAAGCAGUUUCGUUGAAGAGACGUGAGUAGAAUUGUGUUCUAUUUUUCGCAGAUCUAAUGCAAGGUUUUGACCUUUAGUUAAUAACCCAUUUGCCGAGUUUUACGAUUAUAUGCACCUAAUCCGCGUUAAUGAGUAAAAUCUGAAAUUUUUCAGAGUGGGAAAAAGUUUGCAGAACUUUGCAUAAUAUGAGAUCAACCUCAAUGCUGGAUUAAUUAGUCUCAUUCUAAUCUUUAGCGAAACAUAACAAUAGGAAAUAUUUUUCAGAAACUGCUCAAUUUUAAUAACAAAGCUAUGUUUGCUAUCGGCCUUCACAGUUGGAAAGGGGGAGAAACUAUUUAUAAAAAGCCUUUGGAUGAAGCAUAAAUCUUAAACACGUAAGCACUGUGAUGUGUGGCGCAAAUAGUAUAUUAUUUUAAACUUGUUUGAACACAUCUGUGGGUCUACUCUGCAAAUAAAUGGUUGAAUGUUCCUCAAAUCUAUUGUAAUGUAAAUUUUGUUACACGUACAGCCUAUUUUAAUUUUGCUCAUUUUCCUACGCUAUUCUUCUAAAUCCAUCCCGGCUGAAAAAAAAAAAAACUAUUUCAAAGACCAAAUAUCUUUAUUUAAUUAAUUUUCGCAGCAAAUCAGUCAGUUUUUUUGCCACAUUUUUGUUUAGGAUUGUUCAUCCCACAGGAAGAUCACAGAGUAUUGUAAAGAUUAAUUUAUUGCAAAUACUUCUAUAAUUACCAAACCAUCAAUCUUUGGGUAUUUCAGUGACUGCUCUUUAAUGAUGACAUGAGGUUUUUUACCAAAUCUGAUUCAAGGAGAAAAAAAUCCAUUGAAAUAUGAAAGAACAAUAAAACUUUGGCCUAUUACAAAUUCACAUCCUUUAGUAUCCUACUGUCAGUGAAAUAUUUUCAAAUCGGUAAUUAGAUAGUUUUGCAAUCUGUGGGUGACAAGUUUAUAAAUCUGGAUGCCAGCGGUAUUAUAAAUCAAGACACAAGCUGACAGCUAAGUAUUAAAGUCUGCUAAGCGAUUAUGAUAAUUAUUGCCUGUGUGUGGUGAUGUGUGAAAUUCAAGAGUACUAUUCUUGUCCUUGGCAAUUCAUUUGAAAAUAGAGGGCUCUCAUAAUUUUUUUUGUUAGAAUUUCUUUCCCACUUGAAAAUGCUGGUAACAUCCAAAAUUAACAUGUCAAGAAAUAAUUUAUCUGGCAAGUUUGACAAUCAAUAAUCUCUAAUAUUAAUGAAAGAGAAAAUGCACAUUCUUCUCAGUCACAAAAUAUUAAUUCUCCAUGCUCCAGUGUUUUUCCUUUAACAUUGUUGAUAAGAGACUUCUGGCAACACUGCUUCUGAAUAUUUUUUUUUUUUCAGUUCUCAAUAACUAACUUUGGUAGAUGAAUAAGAAUUAAAAUAGUUGGUACGGAUCAGUUAAUUGUUGGUGAUAAUGAAAAUAGAAUCAGCAACACAGAUUUAUUAAUCUUGGUGAUUAGGUAAUUGCCUAAAGGAAAAAAAAUAUAUUAAUAAUCAACUGAAUGUUAAGUCAAGGGUGACCAGCCAAAAAUAUAUUGGAGCUUUAAAUACCGUAAGGCACAAUCAUUGCACAGGUAGGAAUCAUGUCAAUGACCUGAGUCUAAUACCAUCAACUGAAGAGAUACAACUCAUGUUGACUCUGAAAAUGACUACUGCACAGGUUCUCAAAAUGUCAGUCACAGCUGUCCUAAGGAAACACUUAUGUGACAAUCAUAUUCCACCUACUUAUGAGAAAAGUUUAUAUUGGGAUGACAAAACAUAACUUCAGGAAAAGAGAUAGGAAAUAUAAGAUGGCUAUUUUUAUUCUCUCAACCACCUCAAUAUUGUGGAAAUCAGUCGAAUAAGGCUAUUUUAAAACAAACUUAAUUUAAACUGCUACAUAUUGUACUUAUUGGAAAACUCUGGUUUUUGUUUACAAUCCUGCCAAAAAAGCUGGAUUAGUUACUAAAUGCCUUCAUCAAAUAAUCUUUAUACAAAGUCAACAUAAUUAAGAUUACUCCAAUCACCCUCCUCAUCCUCGCUCUAUUUGUAAACUUCAAAUUAAUUGUAAAAUGAAGUGUCAGUCUGAAAUUGAAAGAAGAUGUACUUGUGCAUAUUAUUGUCAAGUACAGUAUUUUUUGUUAAACAUUUUCUCUUCUUUGCAUAGGUGUGGAUACUAAAAUCAGAUUUUCCUUCAUCCCUCAAAGUGGAAGGAAAGCCUAUAAACAAGUAAGUUGUAAUCUUCACUUGAACUCUUUCUUCUGUUAUUGACCACUACAUUCUUCUUUUUCUUUCCAAGAGUUGUGAGUGAGGAUUGAUUUAAUUCAAGACUUUUUCUUUUUGUAGUGGCUGGCUGCUUUCAAAGCCAUAGCUCGCUUGAAGGAGGGAAUCCCAUCGUCUUGGAGAAGAAGGGUUAGCUACAUUUUUAAUGCCUUCAUACAGUCAAAGCUGUAUUUAGUGAAUGCCUAUUUAGCAGUCACCUUCUAUUAAGAAGUGAUCCCAAGAUCCCAAUGAAUAAGUUUUCAUUGUCUUUACUUAAGUUGUCACUUAGACAGGAUGCACCAUACUAGUGUAAGAGAUACAAUUUGUAUGGAGUUUAGUGGUCUUUUACUUCCUUUCUUUUGGCAUAAGAAGAGGUAGACACCCUUAAGGACAUUUUGUCAGGGAUUUCUUUUUUUACCAUCAUCAUUUUCCUAAACAACUCUUAGGUUUGUCAAACCUGUUUUGAACGACGACGGUCAACCUGUAUUAAGUGGUCAGUGAGCCAUUCCUGAAAGGUGACCGUUUCAUACAGGUUUGACUGUAUUUUGAGGACUUUAUUCAAAUACAAAACUUAUUUGACAUGGAAGAUAUUGCAGAUUUCCAAGAUUGAAGAUCUUCCAUUAAAAAAAAAUGUUUUCUCAAAAAAGGUCUAAAUAUCAAUAUUGGAUAAUACAGGUAAAUUGAUGAGGAAAUUCAAUUGACUAUUUUCUUUUCUCCUCAUAACUACGUACUCAUUUAACUAAUUCAAGGUUUUAGUCUAAAAUUAGAGGUCUUCACGAAAUAGUUGUAGCAUUCGCGUUUUGAUUAUUAAAAUAAUAUCGACAACGAUGCGACACUCACAGUUUGUUCAACAUUUGAAAAAAUAGUAACGCACACGCGAGUUAUUGACUCUGUUACUUUAUAACGGAAAGGUAUUGAUUGUCUUUUUUCUAGCUGUGGUUAUGUCUUGCUGAAAACAAGAUUAAAGAUUUAGAUUGGGAAAAAACAGCCAAAGUCUGCUUCAAUGAAAAAAGUAAUCCAGAUGAUGACGAGCUAGGAUCACAGAUAGUCAAGGUAAAGUGGAAACUCGCAAUUGAAGGAGUUUAUACGGAAAAAGGGCGUUGGUCACAUCGGAGGGCUUAGGAUCACGAAGGGCCUUACAUGCUACAUUCUCGACUGGUUUUCCCUUUGAACUAACUUGAAUUGAAAUUCAGCUGUUCUUAUUGGGGUUCCGCUUGGUGCCGAAAAAAUCCCGGUCAAAAAGUCUAAAAAUAGUCGAUCAAAGUUAGUCAAACAGAAGAGAAAAAACCGACCCUCUUGUUAGUACAGCAAUAAAACAAUCGCCCAAAAACAUUAUUUUAAACGACCGUUUGGCGAUAUAUUUCUUUGAAAAAAAACUACGCGAAAGCCGUGAAAACUGAGAGUCCUGGAAAGCGUGAAUAGCGAAACAAGGGAAGAAAACAAAUAACGCAACUUAAAAUUUGACAUAAGCCGAUGAGAUUUAGAUUUUCUACGGGGUAUAUGUUGAUCAAAAAUGAUUUUAAAAUACCACUGUUUGUCGCCUUAAACGCUGGCGCUCGAUUUUCUAUUCCAACAUUAAAGCAUUUUGUAGGAUAGGUGUGUCAUAUAUGAAGCUAGUAAAUAAUAGCCUUUCUGCCCAAAGUCUUUUCCCUCGCCCAGUGCACAGAUUUGCGACUCGUCAGAAGGUCCUGACGUGGCUCAUAUUUUUCUGUUGUACUCAAUCGUGAAAUCACAAAUAUUACUUGUUCCUUCAGAUCAAAAUCUGUAUUGAAUAUAAUCAGAAGCAUUUAACAUACUUGUAACAUUUUAAAAAAGGAACACGCGAGCAAUUUUUGAACGAGUAACAAUUUUUUUUUAUCCCCAUAGAAUAACUAAUUCUUUGCAUAUGUGUUUUGCCGCACUUGUACAGGAUCUUCACCGCACUGGCUGUAGUUGGUUCUGUAGUCAAGACAGUCCAGAAGAGAGAGCAUCUUUGAAGCGUGUUCUGCUAGCUUAUGCCAGAUAUAACAAGUCUGUUGGGUACUGUCAGGGCUUCAAUGUUAUUGCUGCCCUAAUUCUGCAGGUCAUGGAACGCAACGAAGAGGAUGCACUCAAGGUGACCCUACUUUGCUGUUACAAAUAGUUUGGAUCCCCGAUAUAACGAAGUGUCAGGGUGGGAUAUUCUCUCUCUUACUGGGGAUAGGGCGAAAAGGUGAAGCCCUGUUCUAAGGCUAUAACUCGGGCGAAUAAAUUAUUUUUUGUUCAAUCUUUGCGCCGGGAUUUUGUCGUUUUGAGGCUUCUCUGUAUCUGUGAAAGUUCAAGUUUUUUAAGUCCACUUACCAAGCCUAGCGGAGCAAAACCGAAGUAACAGUAAAUACUUUAGGGGAUUUUAAUAUAUUGGAUUGAAUUUGCAUUUUUUGUCUAGUUAGUGAUCUGACCCGGGUUUGUUCAAACGUUGGACUAUGUAGUGGAUAAGUAUUAGGGAAACCAAUUUGCACUAUCCACUGGAUAACGAUUUAUCCGGUGGAGAGCGCUAUCCACCUUUUGAACAACUGGGGCCUGCUGGAUAUCUCAUCGCUUAAUUUGCUAUUCUUGUUUAAUCCCAAAUUUCUUUAUAGGUCAUGGUUUACGUCAUUGAUCACGUACUGCCCACCAAUUACUUCGCCAAUAACCUGCGUGCUUUGUCUGUGGAUAUGGCGGUGCUGCGAGAUCUGAUGCGAGCUAAGCUGGUUCGGCUAUCGAAACACUUGGAUAGCUUACAAGCACAAGCAUUGUCACAGAACGGCUCUAACGCCAUGUACGAGCCACCUUUGAUCAACGUGUUUACUAUGCAGUGGUUUUUGACACUUUUUUCGACAUGCCUUCCUGAGGAAACUGUUUUGCGAGUCUGGGACUCAAUUCUCUUGGAAGGCUCCGAGGUGCUUCUGAGAGCUGCUGUGGCUAUCUGGGGUAAAUUAGGAGAGUACGUAUCAAGCCCUGCCUUGUUUUCUUUACUGUAUUUACAUUUAGAUGCCCGGGGAGGGGGAUACUCAGCAAAUUUUUAUACGGGGAGGUUCCGCCCCGAGGUCCAACCCCUUACCCUUUUAUAUACCAUUUUUCACGAAAAAGGUGCCCCUUUCGUAUACCUUCUAUUGACAAAUGGUACCCCUUUCACAUACCUUGUUUAGAACUUUGCAUCUCUCUUAACUGCUGUAUAUGCGCUGUAUUUCAAGUAGGAAUCAAUUGCAAAAAUAUAACGUUUUCUCGACUUUAUAAAGCCAUAAAAUUCACCUGUUAGCCCUUUGGGCAAUCUUUGACAGAUUUCCCUACCCUUUCGUAUACUUCAACGACUAAAAUCCCUACCGUUUCUUAUACCUGAGGCCUGAAUAAGGUACCCCUUUCGGGCGGAGCCUCCCCGUAUAGGCCAUUAUAUGGAGUGCCCCCACUCCGGGUUUAGAUGGUGGAAAGAGUGGUACACAAUGAAACAAUGGUUGAAACUGACACCCAAACAGUUUGAUGGGGGUUAUAUACAUCUCUUAUACCUGAAACUCAUGUGUAUGCAGUACGUGCAACAGUUUAUAAAAAGGGAACGCUUCGUUUUCUUAUGCCUGUGGGAUUUUGUUAUUAACAGUGCUUCACAAGUUACCACCAGCUCAAAAGUUAGAACCGCUUUUAAUUUCAUACAUAUUGAGAAUUAUCAGAUCGAAUUUCUGUGUGUGUGUGCAAAAUUUCCGGCCAAUCAGAAUCAAACAUAAAAUAAUUUCUUCCAAUUACCUUCAAAACAACUGUAUAGUGUAUGUACAACACAGUCAGCAGCUCCUCUAUAAAGCUCUGCUCGGUAGCUUUUAUUUUAAUUGCCUUAUUAUUUAGAACUUAAACCACAGACUUCAGUACUAUAGUUAGACCACCUUGAAUACCAUCCCUUGGCGUGAUGUAUUUUAAUUGUACGCCUUUAAAGGUAGGAUCGUCCUCAGACACAGAGUUUUAGCUCUAACAGUAAGAGGUUUAAAGCACCUGUGGUCACUUUGCCUUGCGUGCCAUUUAGUGGCUAUAUUGUAUGUUUCUUAACCCCUUAAACUUUGAUUGAUACCUUAACAUUGUAGGCGCCUUGAAGACGUGGAGACGUCAGAUGAUUUUUACAGUACAAUGGGAGUCCUAAUACAAGAUGUAUUGACGGGCAAUGUUAUCGACUGUCAAACGUUAAUGCAGGUAAAGUUUCCCAUGCAUUUAAUGAUCAAUUUACAGUGUGCAACCUUCUUUGAUGAAUCUUUUGGACUUUUUCUCGGGGGCGUUUAGGUAAGGAACUUGCUGCAUUUAGUAAAACUAGCUGUCGAACGGUGAUCCAAACAUAUUGUUUUUCUUCAACGAUAACUUCCGUUCCGACUAUUUCUGUGUUAAGUCCUUGGUACAGAUAAUUAUGCUUUGAGAAUGACACCAUGCAAUAUGCGAUGUCUUAAGGUAUGAAAAGUUAGAAUAAGAUGUAGGGUUGAUGUUUUUGAAAGGGAGAUUUUUUCGGUAACCAACGGUAACAUUAAGGCAGGCGAUAGGGUGUGUUACAAUGUAUACGAACGUUGCAAACUGUUUGACCAUUUUGGUCUGAAGCCAGGCUACUUAAGAAACAUGUGCGACAACACACGUUUUCUAAACAACCGAUCUAGAAAUGUAAACUGAUGUCGUAAACGUUUAUGCAGCUGUUGUGAAUAGAAUUAAUUUGCAGCGUUAAACUAGAAAGCGUGUUUUUCUUCACGCUCUAUUUAGUCUCCCAGACUCUUCAUCUAUUUUUUUGUGAUAAGGUUACGGAUAAGCUGAACAUAGGUUGAUAUCAUUUAUACGCUUCUAUAUACAGCAGUAUAACAUUGCCGUAGAAUUUUGAUCUUUAUUUAUCUAUCGUGACUUAACCACAUUUGAUUGGUCGGGCGAUUGGUCGCACAGGGAAUUUUAUGAAUUUAGAGGGUGAUUAAGAUCAUCUUAACCUAGAAAACGUUCACACAGGUAAGAAAAAUUCCGAAGUACGAAGGUGCAUAGCUUGUUUGAAAACACGUGGAGUUAUAACUAAGCUAAGUUCUGGUUUAGUAAAGUGGGGCCUCUUAAUAGAAUCUUGUUGAAGGUUAGACUUUCUCAAAGUCCUUCGCUUUUCGUUUCUGGCCGAAAACAAAACAUUUCUAGCUCGCGCUUUGCGCUCGAGAAAAAUUUUGAGCUCGACUUGAAGGAAGGAACUGACUUCAGUUCAGAUUACAGCUUUGAGUCGGAACUCUGUUCCCUUGAAUUGAACACAGAGAAACUUAAAGGAUACAAAUAGCGGGGUUGUUGUACAAGAAAUAUCCUAAAGGAAUCAUGAUCAUUUGUGAGUUUUGGACAUGUAUUUAGUGUUAUCUGAAAAUCAUCAAUCAUCAUUGCGUAGUUGAAAUGGUCUUAUAGCCAUAAAUCUAGCCAGAGUCCAAUUUGAAGAAAAUGAUAAUGUUUUUGCUUCUUACAGCUCAAAAUGCAAAUAUAGAUAUUGCUGUCCAGUAAGUUAGUGAUUUGUAAUCGAUACCAUUUGUCUGCUAAAGGAAAAUUAACGUAAUAUAACUGAUUAACGUCAUGUUUGUUGAAAAUAUCAAACGAUAUGCAGGGUAUAUUGGCCCAAAAUAUUGAAGAUGAGAAAACCGAAAAAUGACAAGAGUUCUUAUAUAAAGUCGUCAGAUCCGCUAUUUCCAGCGCUCACCAAACUAUUACGGUCCCCUCAUUUUCAAGUUAUGACUUACAGUGCUCGGAAAUCACGAAUCUGUAUUUAUCAUGUAGCAUUGACUAUGUCAAUACAAGACAUUCAGUAGUUUUAUAUGAGCUUGCAGUUGACGAAAAUAGGCGCUUGCAAAAUUCCCGACUAUAAAUAAUACUUUGACAUAGCCACUGUAAAGAUAUAAAACCCUAUUUAAAUGGAUCCAACUUGUCAAUCUAACAUUCUCAAAUUUUGUUUUGAGGCGAUUUGACUGGAUAUUAAAGCCAUUUAAGCGGUUUUUCUUCUUCUGUUACAGGAGGUCUACGCACUUGCGCCGUUCCCUUUUCCAGGCCUAGCAGAGCUUAGAGAACAGUACACUUACAACAUCAAUCCAUUCUCUGACGUCACUGGUGACAGGAGCCGACGAUCAGCACUGGCACGUGGUUCUAGCGACGAAGAAGACGAUGUGGACGAUCUUGAAGGGAUGAGUUGCCUCGGAGCUUUCUUACCGUUUUCGGAAAUUGUCCCUGGCAACACGAUGAAAGCUCUUGGUCAAGGCGACGCAGAUGCGAAUGACAUCGCGGCGGCUUCGCCGGGUGUAUUUGCUACUGACGGGUAUUCGCCUCUACCUUACACAACAAAACAGUUCGGUUCAAGGGGAAACCGCGUGCAAGAGGAGAUGUCCUACUUACAGAAACAGUACGCGAGGAUGAGGCAAAUGCAACAAAAUGCGGUCGUGGUCUUUUCAGAGGCUGCGGUGCAGAAUAUUCAAGAAUCGGAAAAGCGAAAGAGCAUUCCCGCUGCCAUUAACCAUUUGCUUGUAUCGGCGACAAAGCGAAAGGUGAAAGCUACCAGGAACCAUUUUGGGACUGAAAAGAAAAGCAAUCAAACGAAAGCUGUCCAGAAGUCAUUGUUUGAUGAAAUAGCGAGUCACAAAGCUGAAGUUAAACAGAACGCUUACGAAAAGGAAAGCUUGCAGCAUUUAAAUAUGUUGUUCAAAGGUGACCAGAAAGAGCGAAAAGAGGCACAGGAGGAUGGGAAAACGAGGAGUUUUAGCAAGAAAGUAGAAACUGAAAGGACAGAGGGUUUGGUAAGUGCAAAAAAGGUACACAAGGAAGAGAAAUGGUGGCAAAGCGAAGAGAGGCGCCGCCACGUUGAACCGCCAACUGUUAAAAAGGAAAAGCGAGUCGCCCCCAAUUCGCUUAAAAUGCAGCAUGUCGGAUUAAAUGGUGAAGUGUCCUCGUUAGAAACUGGAAAAUCAAAGCAAAAUGGCGGGCCUAUUCUCUCGAUCGUUAAUCCUUCUAAUCAUACGCCGAAAGUUACGGUUGUGGAGUCAUCAAUGUUAACGGUAACAGAGGGCAACAAUGAAGCGGCUAAACCUGUUAAAGUACUGGAUAAAAACAGUCCUGCUGUCCUCGAUACGGGCCCGCGCAGCUUCGGUGGGACAGGACGGGUCUAUAACCGUGGGACUAUGAACUCUACUGUUAAUAGUUCAUGGUUAUUAGAAGAGGACAGGAGAUGUAAGUACCCCGAAAACUUUAGACCCUUUCCUCAACGGAACAAACAGCCCACUAGGAGCAGAAUUCUUUAUGGCAACAUUUCGGACAAAGGUGCCAAGCGAAUGGACGCUUUUCAAGUCAAGAAAGAUAAUCGGCAAAGUGUCAAUGGUGUUGCGGUCAAUGGAGGAGCAGACGGUAAAAGAAAUUAGUGGCGAAGUUUCGUCGACGAAUCACGAGAAAUACCCGAAAGCUGCGAAAGUCGACGAAAUGCGCAUGGUUCGAACCCCUUUGGCGCUAAUGGUUUAUUUUAACAGAGGAUAUUAAUUGUCAUGGUAGCUAACCUUUCUCGGCUGAGCACUUUUGAAUAACGCUAAACAAGAUCUUGGUGUUUUCUCCCGUGAACCUACAACGUUUUCAGGCCUUCUCCGUCUUUGUAAAGUAAACUGCUGGCCCUUUCGAAAUACUCCACAGGCGAAGAAGGCCCGUGGACGAGGUUGAAAUUGUUGUGCAACGUUCUUCGCCGCUUCUACGUAUACAAGUUGGGCGAAACGUGUAAGCCGACUUAAAUGGGUGGCUGGGCGCAACAGAAGAGGCUUCCCUCGAAGUAAAUAAUCAUGCAGUGACCGGUAUUGUCCCUUUCCGAGUAUGUUUAGACAAAUUAUAAUUUAUAAGAAGUGUUUCAUAAAAACCCGAAUAUUUUGACAUAUUUUGUAAUUAAUGUCUAUUAUCUAAGGCGAAUGAACUUGAAAAUGUAAAAAAGUUACAAAAAUAUUCAGUCCCUCUAGAAGGAGCAGUUACAGUUGUGAUUCGAUUGAAGGUGGAAAAAGAGCGGAAUUUGGGUAGAAAGCAAGCUAAUCUGUUUAAUUCUUGUUAAUAUUAUAGAUUGAAUUAUUACUGCCUCAUAACUGCAUCUUUGCGUGGUGUACCUUUUAAUUGCUAAGGUUCAGUGUAGCUGACCAUUUGGGAUAAAUAUAUCCCCCAUAUGCAUACAUUAAGUUAGAAUUAAGAGUAUUUUGAAGGGGCAUGAACUGCCUUUGUUACAUAAUUAUCACGUAUUUAAAGAAUCUAUAUUUAAGAAAAAAUAGUAAUUUACAGUAAAAGUAAGGUUUUUAACUGGUGUUUAAACGGCGUUAGCUGCCAAUUCUAAUUGUUUGUUACAACAUAACAACCUCUGCUUCGCAAUACUUUUACUUCUCGUUUGAACAUAGAACUUUAAGUUAAAAAUGUUAAAAACCUUUUCCCGGAAAAGGGAAACAUGAAUCUUUGUCAAGCGCAUAUAAAAGUGCGUCCAAUAGAAAAACGUCUUUUAUUCUGUAGAAAGCAUAGAGACAAAUGGUAAAAGUGCAUUUAAAGGUGCAUCCUAUAGAAAAACGACUUUUUGUAGCAAGCACAGAAAAGACGGUACUCUUCAAAAUCUUCCGCAACGAAAAAAAUUUGUUACGCCGUUUUUAUGCUUUUGUGCUUGUUUUGACCGUCAAGAGUUUUCAGACGAGAUUAGAUGAAAUCAGUCUGCUUGUGCUACGAAUUUAUAGAAGGCUGCCUAAGUUCUGGCGCCUUAUGACAAGGCUGUCCUUUAGUACGUUGUAGGUAAGUCACCUAGAAUCGCAUUAGAGAAAAGUUUUGUUACUUUCGAGAAAAUACUAUAAUAAACGAAUGUAUUUUUCUUUGAAGAUAAUUGUAAGUGUGAAGUAUUUAUUAGACAAAGAUAGACGGAUACGGAAGUAUUAGUUCAGCAUUCUGUGAAGGAGUCAAAGCGAAGGGCAAUAAUUUUAGCCUUUCUACUGGUUUACAGAAAAUUAAAAAUAAAUUAUCGGAAUGUUAACAAGUGAAUCCAAACUGUAAUCCCCGACCAACGUGAAAGGCAUCCCUACGAUUUCUAAAUUGUCUUAAGGCGCUUUCCAUUUGUCAGAACUGACCAGCCAUCCCAUUGCCAUCGUAAUGAGAAUUUCACUUUUAACCAAAACUAACCAACCAGAUCAAUCAAAUCCUAAAUAUUAUGCACACAAAGGAGAUGGUUUUCCAGCAAAACCUCUUGGAAAACGCCUAUUUCAUACUAAGAUAUGUGGUCUGGCUACGGCUCGGCCGGCCAGUUCUGACUUUUGGAAAGCGCCCUUAGACCCAAGCCACCACCUUGGUUGAAGUGAAUGCGGAGAUGAGAUGAGAGGAUGCAUGUAAUUAAAUGCAACAGCACAUUUUCAAACAGUCGGAGGGUAUUCUCCCAACGCUAGAAAACGUUCAGUGCCUGCGUUAAUGUAUUACAGUUGAGUCAAUCAUUGCCCUUAGGGACAUGAGCGUGCUAGACUACUUUCUGUAGGAUACUUGACUUUCAAACGUAACAUGAAAUACAGUACGUUAAUAACAGUUCCUUUUACAAUAGGCAAUUUUCGAGUCCAGAACCCCUCACUUUCAAAAUGGGGCCAAUUGCGAAACCUUGCAG